AUGAGAGCUGCAUAUCUGUUAAUAUUCAUCCUUGUCAAUGGCAGCUCUGCAGGAGACCUAUUCGACAUCCUGAACCCGACCAGCAACGACUCCAAUGGCGGCCUCAUCUCCUCAGGCCCAAGCCCAACCAGCUCUGGCAUCGUCAGCAGAAUCGACGAUGCUAUCGACGACGGUAUCGACGCGUUCAGAAACAUAGCCUCUUCGGCGCUAAGUCCCUUCAUCGGAAUCGCCGGAGCGCUGACGUCAACAGCCGAAUCUCUGCACCUGCCCGGCGCCGACAUCUUCAGAGACAUACUGGCAGGCAAUUCUACAGACCCUUUCAGUGCCAUAGCCAGGAACGUUAUAUCCUUCUUCUCGUCGAGUAUAGCAUCGUUCAUCCCAGGCUUACAGAGCGGUGCACGUCAGCUGUCAACGCUGAUACAAUCUCUCCUCAACGGCGAUGAUAUUUCCUCGCUUCUGGGAUCUAUCCGUUCAAUUUUCGACAAUGGCUUCAGGCUAGCAGCUUCUGCUAUUGAAAGAGUGGUUUCCUCGUUACCGGGCAUCGGAGACAUAGCUUCUCGCAUAUUCAACGGUACUUCCAGCGGAUCGGACGUCAUCAGGCGAGUGAUCUCGCAGGCAACCAAUGACGGUAUGAUCAGUCUGAGUGAAUUAGUGGGCUUUAUCGAUAUGGCGAUCGACAAUGGUGAUAACACCACAGCGGCCACAUUGGGUAACCUGCGAGCAGCACUCACUGGAGGUGGAACUGCUAUAUCGGAUAUCAUCGGAAGGGCGAUCUACUCUGUGCCAGGAGCCAGCAGUGGCAAUAUCAGCAUUUCGGGUUUGCGCAGCGCUAUCCAAUCGGAAAUCGCCAAUGGAGGAAGCGAGGUUGCAAGAGCGUUGGGGCCUCUGCGGGCAGCACUAUCUGAUGAAGAUUCCCGAGUGUCAGAUUUCUUCGGAGGGGUUAUCUCCUUAGUAAGAGAUGCUCUUUCUGAGCUCUGGCAAUUUAUAUCACCCAUAUUCAACAAUCGAGCGCUUUUGAUACUUCUAGGGCCUCUCGGCUCGAUAAUCAGAUUCGGAUUGAGCGCUGUAUUAACCCCUAUAUGGAACGGUAUUUACGGACUUUUGAGCUCUGGCGGCUCUCUGAUCAUCGGUGGCAUUUGGACAAUAUUGAGAUCAGUAUUAACUUUAGCGAUAAAGAUAGUAUUGGGUAUCAUAAGGGUGGCAUUCGUCCCAAUAAAAGGAUUCGGAAACUUCGCCAACCAAGGAACAUCACCUUUGGGUUCUAUCGGCUCGACACUCAAUAAUGGAUUUCAAGACGCCACGAACACUGUUAAUAACGCACUUAGGGCAUUUAAUCCUUUGAAUAUAAUUGGGAAUGGCAUCGCCCCUAACUUCAGCAACAAUCCUCUGAAUUUAUUUGGAUCUCAGAUCGCAAACAACAAUCCUCUCAAUGCAAUUGGAUCUCAAAUCGCAAACAACAACCCUCUCAAUGCAAUCGGAUCUCAAAUAGCAAACAACAAUCCUUUUAAUGCAGUUGGAUCUCAAAUCGCAAACAACAAUCCUCUUACAGGAUUGGUUACUCUUAAUGGUACCAAUCCUCUUGGCUCGAUGGCUUCUCAAAUGGCGAACAACAACCUCACGGGACUAUCUCCUCUAAAUGGAACAAAUCCACUUGGAGCAAUGACUUCACAAAUAGCGAACAACAAUCCUUUAACGGGACUAUUUCCUCCGAACGGAACCAAUCCACUUGGUUCAAUGGCUUCACAAAUAGCGAACAACAAUCCUUUAACGGGACUAUUUCCUCCGAACGGAACCAAUCAACUUGGUGCAAUGGCUUCUCAAAUGGCGAACAACAAUCCGCUCACGGGAAUAUUUUCUCCAAACGGCACCAAUCCACUUGGCGCAAUGGCUUCCCAAUUGGCGAAUAAUAAUCCUUUCACUGGAAUAUCUCCUUUCAAUGGCAACAAUCCAAUUGGCUCGAUUGCUUCUCAAAUCGCCAACAACAAUCCUUUUACGGGAAUGUUUCCUGUUAAUAACACCAAUCCACUUGGCGCGAUAGCUUCUCAAAUCGCCAACCACAAUCCUCUUAUGGGUGUAUUUACUCCAAACUUGACCAAUCCUUUCGGCUCUAUAGGUUCUCAAAUAGCCAACCUCAAUCCUCUUACAGGAAUAUUUCCUCCUAAUGGCACCAAUCCUCUUACAGGUAUCUUUCCUCCUAAUGGCACCAAUCCUCUUACAGGGAUUUUUCCUCCUAAUGGCAUCAAUCCACUUGGUUCGAUAGCUUCUCAAAUUGCUAGCAACAAUCCACUUAUGGGAAUAUUACCUCUCAAUGGCACCAAUCCUCUUACAGGGAUCUUUCCUCCUAAUGGCAUCAAUCCUCUUGCAGGGAUCUUUCCUCCUAAUGGCAUGAAUCCUCUUGGUUCGAUAGCUUCUCAAAUCGCGAACAAUCCUCUCAUGGGAUUAUUUCCACCUAACGGUCCUUCUGAUGGCAACAAUCCUUCAGGUGGAAUAUUUCCUUCUGGCACCAAUAACCCUCUGAAUGCAUUUUUUCCUAUCGCGGAAAACAAUCCACUAUCAAUAAUAUCUAGAAAUAUCGGGUUUGGACCACUGCAAGAUUAUAUCCGAUCGGAUCUUUUGAACAGGGUUAAUUUCAUUUCGGCAUCUUUGGCAGCUCUUCGCUCUAGGUUCGGCGAUAGUAUUCUGCCACUACUAGCGCCAUUCUCCUCGAUACCUGGAGCCAGCAACGUUGCAUCGGAUAUAUUUCGUCUAGUCAAUAUGAGCUCCGAUACCUCAAAUUCCAGUAUUCACUCGACAUUGAUGGGGCCUUUCUUUUCGAGACUCGCCGAAGUUCAAAACAGAGCACCAUUCGGCAAUAUCAUUGAAGCAGUGUUGAGGCCGUUCCAACAAGCCUUCACCUCAGGAGUAAACGGAACACCGAAUCCCAUUGGGUUCGCUUUAGCACCAAUACUUGGAGUCUGGAAUGGAGCUUCAGAAUUUCUACGCUCUACUGGCUCGCCGUUCGGCAAUAUCACUGACGCAAUAAUAAGGCCAUUUCAAUUAGCCCUCAACUCAGGAGUAAACGGAACACCGAAUCCCAUCGGGUUGGCUGUAGCACCAAUACUUGGGGUCUGGAAUGGGGCUUCUGAAUUUCUACGCUCUACUGGCUCGCCGUUCGGCAAUAUCACUGACGCAAUAAUAAGGCCAUUCCAAUCAGCACUUAACCCUGGAGUGAACGCAACACCAAACGCUUUCGAGUUACUACUAGCACCAAUAACAGGAGCCUGGAACGGAGCUUCACAACUGUUGCGCUCAACUGGCUCACCACUCGGCAACGUUAUUGACGCAAUAAUAAGGCCAUUCCAAACAGCACUAAACUCUGGAAUAAACGGAACACCGAAUCCAAUCGGGUUGGUUUUUGCACCAAUAUUAGGGGCAUCGAAUGGUAUUACAGAAUUUUUGCGCUCAACUGGCUCACCAUUCGGCAAUGUGAUUGAGGGGAUCAUUAGACCAUUCCAAUCAGCACUAAACUCAGGAGUGAACGGAACACCAAAUCUCGUUGGGUUAGCUUCAGCACCAAUAUUAGGGGUAUGGAAUGGAGCGUCGGAAUUCUUGCGUUCAACUGGCUCGCCAUUCGGCAAUGCAAUUGACGCAUUCCUGAGGCCAUUCCAAUCAGCACUCAACCCUGGAGUGAAUGGAACACCGAAUCCCAUUGAGUUGGUUUCAGCACCAAUAUUAGGGUUAUGGAAUGGAACCUCACAAUUUUUGAGUUCAUCUGGAUCACCAUUUGGCAAUGUUAUUGAGGGGAUCAUUAGACCAUUCCAAUCAGCACUAAACUCUGGAGUGAACGGAAUACCAAAUUUCAUUGGGUUAGUUUCAGCACCAAUAUUAGGAGUAUUGAAUGGAGCUUCGGAAUUCUUGCGUUCAACCGGCUCACCAUUCGGCAAUGCAAUUGAGGCAAUCCUGAGGCCAUUCCAAUCAGCACUCAACUCUGGAGUAGACGGAACACCAAAUUUCGUUGGAUUGGCAUCAGCACCAAUAACAGGAGUAUUGAAUGGCGCUUCAGCGUUCUUGCGUUCAAUUGGCUCGCCAUACGGCAAUGUUUUUGAGGCAGUAGUGAGGCCAUUCGAAUCAGCACUGAACUCUGGGGGAAACGGUGUACCAAAUCCCAUUGGGUUAGCUUUAGCACCAGUAUCAGGGGCAUGGAAUGGGACUAUAGAGUUGUUGCGCUCAAAUGGCUUGGCAUUUAGCAAUGUUAUUGAGGAAAUAAUGAGGCCAUUCCAAUCAGCACUCAACUCUGGGUUGAAUGGAAUACCGAAUCCAAUUGGGUUGACUUCAGCACCAAUAUUGGGAGCAUGGAAUGGGGCUACAGAAUUUUUGCGAACAAUUGGCUUGCCCUUCGGAAAUAUUAUUCAGGCAGUCACAAGGCCAUUCCAAUCAGCACUGAACUCAGGAGUAUUCGGAUCACCAAAUCCAAUCGGGUUGGCUUCAGCACCAAUAUUAGGAGUGUUGAAUGGAGCUUCGGAAUUUUUGCGCACAACUGGUUCUCCAUUCGGCAAUAUUAUUCAGUCAGUAAUAGGGCCACUCCAAUCAGCACUCAACUCUGGAAUAAACGGAAUACCAAAUCCAAUUGGGUUGACUUCAGCACCAAUAUUAGGGUUAUGGAAUGGAACUUCACAAUUUUUGCGUUCAACUGGCUCGCCAUUCGGCAAUAUUAUUCAAGCAUUGAUAGAGCCAUUCCAAUCAGCACUCAACUCAGGAAUGAACGGAACGCCAAAUCCAAUUGGUUUGUUUUCAGCACCAAUAUUAGGAGUAUUGAAUGGGGUUUCCGAAUUUUUGCGCACAACUGGCUCUCCAUUCGGCAAUAUAAUUCAGGCAGUCAUCGAGCCAUUCCAAGCAGCACUUAAUUCUGGAAUGAACGGAAUACCUAAUCCAAUUGGGUUGACUUCAGCCCCAAUAUUAGGGUUAUGGAAUGGAACCUCACAAUUUUUGCGUUCGACUGGCUCGCCAUUCGGCAAUAUUAUUCAGGCAGUAAUAGGACCAUUCCAAUCAGCACUCAACUCUGGAAUAAACGGAACAACAAAUCCAAUUGGGUUAGUUUCAGCACCAAUAUUAGGAGUAUUGAAUGGUGCUUCCGAAUUUUUGCGCACAACUGGCUCUCCAUUCGGCAAUAUUAUUCAGGCAGUAAUUAGGCCAAUCCAAUCAGCACUCAGCUCUGGAAUAAACGAAACAACAAAUCCAAUUAGGUUAGUUUCAGCACCAAUAUUAGGAGUAUUGAACGGUGCUUCGGAAUUUUUGCGCACAACUGGCUCUCCUUUCGGCAAUAUUGUUCAGGCAAUGAUAGAACCAUUCCAAUCAGCACUCAACUCUGGAAUGAAUGGAACUCCAGAUCCAGUUGGGUUGGCUUCAGCGCCAAUAUUAGGGGUAUGGAAUGGAUUUUCGGAAUUAUUGCGCUCAACUGGCUCGCCAUUCGGCAAUGUGAUUCAGGCGAUGCUGAGGCAAUUUCGAUCAGCAUUGAACCCUGGAGGGAACGCAACACAGAAUCCCAGUGGGCCGGAUUCACCACCACUCACAGGAGCAUCUAAUGGGGUUUCAGACUUUUUGCGCUCAUCAAGCGAUUUCAUUGAGACGGCCAUGAGACCAUUUGGCUCUGGCGCAAACGGAACGUUGGAUGCCUUCAGGAUGGCAUUAGCUCCGAUAUUAGGAGCCUCGAAUGGAUCUUCCAAUGGCUUGCCAUUCAGCAAUGUCAUCGAUGCGAUAUUCAGGCCGAUCCAAUUGGCACUCAACUCUGGAGUGAACGGAACACCGGAUCCCUUCAGGCUGGUAAUGGCCCCGUUAUCAGGAGCCUGGAAUGGGGCCACAGAAUUGUUGCGCUCUAGUGGCUCGCCAUUCGGCAAUGGCAUGGGGGCAUUAAUGAGGCCUAAUUUAGUAGCGUAA